GAUAGACAGACAGACUGUCCACAGCUGCUAUGGUGUGAACACUGCGUUACUUCUGAGGCAGGUUCAGGAUGAAGUGUUCCCUGCAAUCUCUUUUGAGAGCCAAUUUGCUCUUUUGUCUGGGACUACUUCUGCACUGGGGAGAAGCCAGUGUGCACACCGAAGUGCAGGCUGGGCCUCUGUACCGCAUGGUGGGCUCUCCGCUCUCCAUCUCCUGCAAUGUGAGCGGCUUCGCCAAUAACAGCACUCAAAAGGACAUUGAAUUCCGCAUUACGAAGCCUGCAAAUACAAAUUUUGAGAUCAACAUCAUCAGCAGCGGAAACUCAAACUUCGGCUAUGCCGGGUACACACAGCGUGUGAGGAACAAGGGUAUCACUCUGACGCAUUUGACUCCAAACACAGUCCUCUUUGAGAUAAAAAGCCUAGAGAAAGGUGAUGAAGGGGAAUAUCACUGUUCUGUAAUCAACCCCCCAGGACAUGAUUAUUAUGGAACCUACAGCGCUACGACAAAAGUGAAAGUGAUUGACAACUCCCUCAGCGUUUCAUCACCUGCCCCCACCUCACUGAACUAUAAUGAGGGUGAUGCUCUCACGUUUACAUGCCAAGCCUCCAGCAACACCGUCCAGCACACCCACCUGUCUCUCGCCUGGUAUCUCUGUAAAGAAGAAGACAAGGCCAACGCACAGCCUAUCAUUUCUCUGGAUAGAGAUUUCACACUGAAUCCAGGCUCUGGGUUUGAAGGGCGUUACCAAGCUGGACAGAUAAGGUUAGAUAAAACGGGAGAGGCCACGUACAAGCUAAACAUGGCUCACCUGGAGCUGUCUGACCAAGGCAGGAUCUACUGCCAGGCUCAGGAGUGGAUCCAAGAUCCUGACCGCUCCUGGUACACUAUAGCACAGAAGGAUGCUGAGGAAACUACCCUGAAUGUCAAAGCCAGAGAGGUGGCGCCAGACACGUCGUCUUUGGUGGUGAGAGUCUCGGCGCAGUCGGAAACUCUGCAGGAGGGGCAGGAGCUGUCGCUGUCAUGCAACGUAGUCACGCAGAACCUGAAGGAGAGGUUCUUCUCUGUAGCAUGGCUCAGGGGAAGCGUAGAACUGGCCCGCAUUGGCCCUACAGGCAUUCUGACUGCGGGGCCCGAGUACAGCGGGCGAGUGAAGGAAGGAGAGCUCAGGGCAGCCAGGACAGGGGACGGAGAUUACCGUCUCAUAUUGCAGCCUGUCAGAACCGAGGACCAAGGGGAGUAUAUCUGUAGGGCAUGGCUUCAGGACAGAGGCCAAGAUGGGACCUUUACACCGGGUGCAGCACAGGACUCCAGCUCCCAGCUGGUCAGCAUCUCAGCCACAGAAAGCGGGCUCUCGGUUAAAAUGCAAAACACUAGUGGUGUUAACGAAGGUGACAGGCUGGAGCUCACCUGUAAAGUGCAGGGGGUCAAAGGUCAGCUCUCCGUCGCCUGGCAACGCAAAUCAACAUCCGCGGCUGCGUUCACCAGUGUCGUCAGUCUAAGUCAGGAGGGUGUUAUGGAGAAAGCGCAGGAGUUCACUAGUCGCAAAGUGAAGGCAAUGCGUCCAGCGAUUGACACCUUCACCCUGGAGCUCGAUGAAGUCACGCUCUCUGAUGCAGGCGUCUACCAGUGUGCUGUGUCCGAAUGGAUGACCAAUAGCAAGACCAACAGCCAGUCACAGAAUGCCGCUGUGACAGUGGCUCCUACAGAUUCCUUUGUGAAAUUGUCUCUGAAAAGUCGCAACAACGUAGUGACUGUAGGAGAAGAUGUGGGGUUGAUGUGCCUGGUCAAAGGGCCACGUGUGCCAAUAACACUGACUUGGAGCCUGCAGCGUGAUGCCUCGACCCUAGAUAACAUCCUGGUGAUGUACUCUGACGGAGCCAUCAGCUGGUCUGGAGAUCAGCACCGCUACCAGCUCAAAGUAGAAAACAAUCAGAAUGGAGUUGUUCACUAUCUGAUUAUCAACGGCGCGAGCCGCAGGGAGGCAGGAAGCUACCAGUGUAGUGUGUCUGUCUUUCUGGAGAAUGUACACAAGAAGCUGCCUCCGUCCAACCUGCUGGCUGUUUUGGUGCAGGACCCAGUGAGCAAGCUCAAAUUGACCACCACCCCCACCUUGACGAGAAACAUCAACACUGACAUAGAAAUUAAAUGCUCAGUUAGCUCAGAACCCUCCGCGUCCUCCCGCUACGCUGUCACCUGGCUGCUCCAUCAACAGGCAGGAAAUAAGACCAUUGUGAGCUCAGACCAGGACGCCCUGGUGACAUUCGGACCCCAGGUUCAGCUGAGCCAAAGACAGCGAAUCAGCAUGAAGCGCACUAAGGGCCCUAGUUUUGAGUUGAGCAUUCGGCAAGCUCGGACCUCAGACGGUGGCUCAUACGUAUGCGAGGUGGUGGAGUGCCUACAAGAUCCUCAUGGUGACUGGUAUCAGCUCUCACCAGUGUCCAAAACCACAAAGCUAACAGUUAUUGAGCCUGCCAAUGACCUUAGUUUAGACAAAGAGCAGCCACUGCCUGCCAUGGAGGGAGACGAGGUGGAGCUCAAGUGUAACAUCACCUCAGGUGCAUCCGGCCCUUCGUUUCUCUACAAAAUCGCUUGGCUGUACACUGGACACGAUGGAAGCACAAAAGCCCUGGUGGAGCUUGAUCACAGGGGCCUGCUGAGUUACCCAAAGAACCAAGAGCUCACAGGCUUGCAGGGGCGGCUUCGUCUCUCCAGGCCCACUCAGAGCAGCUUCUCUCUGGGGAUUCAGAGCGCCCGUGAGGGUGACAGUGGGACCUACCAGUGCCAGGUGGAGCAAUAUCAGCUGGAUGAAGGUCGCUGGCAGCAAAAGGCCUCAGACAGCACUGGGCCCAUCACGCUGACUGUAAACGUUACGGAAAACAACCUGUCCAUUUUGAAGGAAGAAAAGAAGUUGAAUAUGAGCAGCUCCCAGGAUCUCCUUAUCCCCUGUCACAUCACCAAACAGUCCAGCACGGAAUCUGAGUUCCAGGUCACGUGGUUAAGGCAGAAAGAGACGGAAACUGAACAACCCAUAUUCACAGCAUACCGCAACUCCACCUUUCAAGACAGGUUUGGGAAGGGUGAUCAGCUAAGAUUUGGCCACCCUCUACCCAACCACUUCAGCCUCACAGUCUUGAAGCCAAGUCCUGAAGAUAGUGGCCGGUAUUUCUGUGAGGUAGAAGAGUGGCUCCCAUCUCUGUCUCGUGGGUGGAUGAACGUUGCAGUGGAAAAGUCAGGAUAUUUGACUGUUAAUGUCUAUGCAGAAGGAGAUGCCGUCUCUGAGGCAGAAUGCAAGUCGAAUAUGUGGAUGGGGAUUCUCAUAGCUACAGUCAUCUGCUCACUGUUGGUCGUAGUCCUACUGGUGCUGAAGAUGUGCUGGGGCAAGGGCUCAGGAGGAAAAAAGUCAGGCACAGAUCUGUGGACAGAGGAGCACCCUCUGAACACCAAACCCAGCGGAGAGAUCUGAACCUUGUAGACCAGAAGAGAGGAGAGGAAAAAUGCAUUUACAUUUUUUAUGUGCCAUGUAAUAUAUGCAAUGCUUUAUAAUUCAAAAAGUUGCAGUGUACAUAUUUUUUUAAAGUCCAAUAAUUCUCAUUUAAAUGAAUCUGUUGAUAAUGUUCCAUAAAAAAAAUAUGUUACUCCCUGUGCAGCUGGGAAUAAUUUUGCCUUUAUGAAUUAAUGAAAUUGAUUAAACCUUUAAAAUUAAACAAGCGCUUUUCAUUUUAAAAGCUAAAAUUUAUCGCCAGCAUAAUCACCAGCUUCUUACUGCCUACAAUGGACAGUUGAACGAGGCACGAGAUCAACUUAGUGGCUUCACACCUGCAACUGACAGAUUCUUUUUUAUGUAGCAACAUACCAGGCUGUCUUUGAUGGGGAGAAGUCAAAGCCUAUAGCAUGUCUGAAGGAGUAGCUCAGCACGACAUGUGGUAAGAUGUGAAACUUCUGUCUGCGAGUAACACCGCAAUGAAUCAACCGGGAAGUGCUCUGUGGUUCUGCAAGAGCACAUGACGACUGUGUGUCGUGCAAAUCUGUUAAGAUGUGACAAGCAUUUGGGCAGACAGAGGUCACAUUCGUACAAAGGAAGUAGAAAUCUGUCAAUGCGAACAUUUCAUUUGUGUGUGAUUCUGAAUGAUGAGACGUGCACAGUGUGUGUGUGUAUAUAUGAGUGUGCUUCAAGGAGUGUGCGCUUGCUGACUGAGCCCAUGUGAAAUAAAACGCUGAAACGUU